CAAUUCAGGUGGGGCUGAGAACCUAAAGCCACCAGAUGGUGUUGACAGCAUGAUCAGAACCCAAGUUGGAAGACAAGUUGACAGAGUUUUUUCAGGUGCUAUGAAUGAUCUACAUGGACACUUGAUAUCUAAGGCUAGUGAGGUUGAUCAACUCAGAGUGGAUCUUGCAAAGAUGGAGCGCAGAGAAAGAGAGAUUUUAUCUAGAAUUUCACGGCCGACAAGUAUGCCAGCAACAACUCUGCCUACCACUCAAUAUUCCAGCAUUGGUCCUACUUAUGGUGCAUCCUUAAGAACAGGAGAAUUAGGUGGCAGAACAGUUGGGUACCCUUCUUCAGGUGUUGCAAACAUAGGAGCAGAGUUUGGUAUCAGACAAUCAAGUGCACAAAUAGAUGAAUUGAAAAAGAAGCUAAAAAUGACUACAGAGCUUUGUGCAAAACAAGAUACAUAUUACAGAGAGGUUAUUGUUGAACUUGAAAAUCGACUUAAGGAAACCAUUGCAGGAAGGGAUCACGUUUUAGCACUCAGGGAAAAUGAAGCAGCAGGUCAGUUACAGUUGAUCCACCAGUUGGAGGCUGGACUGAGAAAACAACAACAGGCUAUAGAUGCAAAGGAUCAGACUUUAACUAAGAUGGAAUCAGAUAUGAGGAAACUUGAAGUAGAGUUAGCGCAUCAUAAAGUUUUCCUGGACAAAGUGAGAAGAAUAUCAUUGGAAGAAGAGAAGAAGAGAUUCCGCUCAGGACUAGUUACCAGUGCAUUGGAGAACAACGUUUCUGUCGGCCAGAUAGGGGAUACUCUAGUAGAAAUCCUUCAGAAAUGUCUCUUUGAUGAUGAUAACGAGAAAAAAACGCUGCAGUCAAAGUUAGAAAGGGUGGAGACAGAUCUGAAAUGCGGCAAAGAACGAAUGGAUGCCACACAAGAUGAAUUGCAAAGGGACUACAAAGCCAGAAUCUCGAAGCUGGAAGAGGAACACAAUCAGGCGCUAGAUUCCUCAGCCAACAAAGCUGUCCAGUUGAGGAAAGAGCUGGACAGUUUACAAGAAGAAACGGAUAAACUCAGAGGGCAACAUCAAAUAGAAGUUUCUGCACUGGAUGACAAAGUAAAAUGCCUCCAACUAGAGCUGGAAAAGACUAGAAAAGCAAGUCACGAAAUCUCACUGCAAUUGGAAACAAAGAUCAAAGGGUUGGAAUCCACCAUUCGGGAAUUGACUGCUGAACUUCAAGUUGUGAAAGAGGAAAAACAGAAUUUACUGGCACGUGUUUCGCAAGAGCAAGCAAAUGUUAUUUCUGUGAACGAGAAGCUUAAAGCUAUAGAGAAACUUCGACAAGAGACAGAAACAAGGAACGAAAGUCUUAGCAAAGAAUUGGCCGUACUUCGAGAAACGUGGCGUGAGGAAGCCAACAGUUUAAGAACUGAUAUAAGUGAAAAGGAUAAACUAAUGAAAGACAUUCGCGAAGAGAGUGCUAAACUUCGAGAAAGUGAAGUCGAAAGAGCAAUCAAUCAGGAAAGAGAGAAGGCGAAUGCGCGUCUGGAUGGUCUCUUAAACGAGCUUACGAAAUCCAAUCAGGGCAUUUCGACUUUGACGGCCGAUUUAGAAGGAAAAAAAUUGGAAUUAUCGAAGCAGUGGGAAGAAAAUAUCAAAUUGAGAGAUGAUGUAGAUUUGAGAACUAAGGAAAUGAACCUUAUUAUAGAGGAAAAACUUCGUUUAGCAGCGGAACUUGAAAAAAGACACGACGAAAAUGUUAAUCUGCGAAGAGAAGUUGAAGAAUUGAGUAGAACUUUAGAGGCAAAAUCAAAGGAUCUCUCCGAAGUUGAAAACUUUGUAGGUAAACUCCAAACUCAGCUCAAUGAAAGAGAGAAGGCCAUAGAGAAUUUCCAAGUGCAAGGAACAAACCUUGCUGAAAUUAUUGAAAGAAACAGUCAAACGGGUGACUCAUUACAACGUGAAAGGGAGCAACUCAUUCGAACGCUGGAGGACAGAAUCAGCGAGGUCGAAGAAAUGAAGAGUCAUCGCGAAAUCUUAGCGAAAAAAUUGAGGGCAAAGGACAAACGUGUUAAGGAAAUGGAAGAGGAGAGAAACACUAUUAAAAACAGUUUAAACAUUAAGCAAGAGGAGUUGGACGCUUUGAUGGAGGACCGAAGUAACAUUAUGGCGGAACUGAAAUUGCGGCAAAUUGAAGUGACGAAGUUAAAAGAGGAAAACAGUUCAUUGAGUUCACUGAUCGAAGGACAGCAUGGAGAGCGAGAGAAGGAGAUCACCAAAUUGUUAUCUCGAUUAAAAGGUUCUGAGCAGGACUUGGCUUUAACGCGGAAACUAUUGAAAACGAAAGGAGAUAUGAGCGGGAAAGCUGUACGAGUGGCAGGUGCUAUGCAAGAGGAGGUCACCGCCAAGCGUGGAGAACUAGACGCCAUGCAAAACAAAAUUCACUGGUUAACAGAAAGUCUGAAUAACGUCUCCAAGGACGCACGUUAUUAUGAAAGGAAAAGUAUUGAAUUCUCAGAAACGUCAGAGAAGCUGGCAGUUCGGCGAGACCAGUUGGAGUUUGAGUUGCGCAAGGUCCGAGAGCAGAAGGAUGAGUACAAAAAGCAAGUCAACCACAUGGAGCAGGCCCUUGAAAAGGCAGCUCUCAAGCAUGCAGACUCGCAGGGUAUCAUCGAGAAGAUGGAACAAGAGAUGGCAAGACUUAAACUGAAGCAUUCACUUGAGAUGAAGGAACUUGAGCGGACAUCUAAUGCAUCCCUGCCUGUCAAACCAGAAGCUGCAACGUUAUUUGAACUUUUGACAAAACUAAACACUGGUUUUAGGUGGCCGCCGUUAACCACUCCAGCAAAUUACACCAAUGUUCUGUUAACUCAAAAGACUGGUCUUCCUCAGCCCUUGCCAACACUUUUACCGCUUUCCCAGGGUUCUCAGUCUGAAUUGGCAGAUUUGGAGAAUCGGCAGCUGGCGCAAAGUGGACCCUCUCGAGAGACAAGUGAAGCCUCGUCGAAGAAAAACGAUGAAGUUACAGAUGACCUGAAAUCCUUACUGCAUGAAGUGCGGAGCUUGAUCUCAAGUUUCCAAGCGCACGUGUCCCAAACUGCGACUCCUGCCAAGACCCCGAAUGCUCCGUCUGCGUCACAGGCUCCUCUUACUGAGCGAGCGUUGUUGGACGAUGGCCCCGUGCGUCCUGACGAACCUUAUGUGGGAGAAAGUGGGCAGCAGCGUGCUCCCGGUGAGGCAACCUCAGAUAAUAAAAAUUCUGGUACAUCAAGCGAGAGUGAAAAGCAAGGCCAAGCACGAAACUGUGACAGGAAAGAUCGAGGCGCAACCCACAAGGGGCAUCUCCGACCUAAGCCCAUUAUUUCUAGGGGGCACAGGCAGGAAUUCAACAGAGAAGAAGCUUCAUCUGUAUCAACGGAUCUGAAUUUGAGAGUCAGCAGCAGGUACGAUUUCGACGAGGUUAGCGACGACUUUGCAAUUCCGCUGCACAGUUCGUCUCCAAAGAGGGGUGAUAUUGCAAGCAAUGAUGCAUUCAGCGAAAGUUCACAAACACUUGACAGGCUACCUUCACCAUUGUCGUCAUCGAUUCACAGUGAGCAAUCAGAUGUCACUUCUCUUUUAAUGGACCAAUCAACUUCCACUGCGGACACUAUCAUCUCGCGUGACAUCCUGAACGCGGCUCGUUCUUGGAAGCCGAAGUCAAGCGCAUCGCUAACUACAAGUAGUCAGUUAAGCUCAAACGAAAUGUCUGAUGUGGCGCCUUUACCAAUCAGCAAGUCGCGCCUUUUGCCUCUAAGCCAAAACGAAGUAAGGCGGAAUCGUAAAACAGAGUCCACCCGACGUACAUCUGUACGUCAAAAACGAGAAGAUUUCACUUCAGGGCAACAGAGUGAUGGAGUUUACACAGCAGCUCAAGAGCCUGCGGGGAAAAAGUCGUCAGAUGGUGAGCCUGUGUACAGACGUGCCGAGAUGAUCUUGAGAUCCCUUGCACAAACUGGGGAGCAGCUUACAAGGAAAAACAGAGAGAUCAAACACUUGUUGAAGGAACAAGACAGACGAAUAAAAAAGUGUCGGAAAAACGAAGACCACAUGCAUGCACUUCUGUCAUGAAUAAAGAGCCAUUAUCUUUAAGACUUAAAAAUCUUCUAUCACUAGAAUAGUAUGCAUUGUAAGCUAAGCCUAAAAAAAAACUUAGAAUGUUCUUGUGAAAAUGAAUUUGGCAACACUGCGUAUCUGUUUUAUGGGGAAAAGACGUAUUGCAUUGGAGAGACUGCUAUCCUCUCCGCAUCUUUUAUUCCCUUUUUCUUCUCUUCCAGGUUGUUAUCUUUUCCAUUCGCUUUUACCCAUGUAGACAUCUUUUUACUAACAUUCUAAACUCUCCUGUCUCAGUUCAACAACAAUGCUUAAAAGGGAAAGUAGGUUAAGAGCUUACCUAAAUCAAAUGCCCCAAACUUGUCAGGAACUGAUUAUUUGUAUUUGUUACUGAAAUGGAGUUAGCGGCAUAGACUAUGUACUCGCAUACAAAGUGGAUGAUACUUUAGAGUGAAGCCGAGCUGCAGGUGGUACCACUUAUUUUAGAAGAAACGAUUACAGAGAGAUUGUUAAUUGUAAACAAAAUAAAUGCAACACAAAUUAGGAACUCAGUAACUAAUUAUAAAGUUCCUGUCAGUGUUGAGAAGCGUUGAGCAACCCUGCCAUAUUUCACUUUUACCGAUAUUUGUAAUUUGAGUAAUUUAAUAUUGAAAAUAUAAGGAGUUUUAUGCGGGCCGUCCGUAAAACCUGUUAAACAUCGCUAGAUCGAAACGCGUUCAUUUUCCUGGCAAAGUAUGGAAAGGCUUAAUGCAGACUUAGAGCUUGUGCCGUGGAAUAUUAUGGAAAUUUUUUCUGAUAUUGAUGACAAAUGUUAUUCCUGGCAGACCCUUAUUUCUUCCACCUUCAACGAGCUCUUUCCCAUCAGUCGCAAACGCAUCCGCCAGUCAACUCAACCCUUGCUAGAUAAAUCGCUACUGUCUGCUAUGAGGAGGCGUGACCAGUUUCACAGAAAAGCUAGGAAAUUAAAUCAGCCACCGGACUGGUCUGAAUACAGGCGUCUGCGAAACCUUAUUAGGGACUUUAAGAUACGGGGACGCGGACGCCUUGAAGUACGCGACCGUCGAAGAGAACCUGGGUCGAGUGCACCGCGUUCGUGGCGGGAAAAUUAAGUUAAGGUUCUUCAGUUUGCGAGCGAAGCGGCGAUUUUUUCGAGUUUAAUAUGGCUUCUUUCAGGGAAACUCGAGAACUGCUGUGUAUAAGUCGUGCAAUGGGCUUUAUUACUGAUGCAGAAUUCUUGCUGCUUUAUGAGGAGAGCAAGUCAGAUAAUUUGGACUUCCCUUACCAAGAGUAUCCGAAAUUUUCUCUGCCGGGACCAAAAUGGAGCCGAGUGUUCAGCCAAUUAAAGGGUAGAGAGGCAUCACACAUCUCGCCUUAAAGAUGCACUGCAAAUUCCUGCUAUAUUUAAAUGUGAUCAAUGAACAGUAUGUGAUGGAACCGAGGGCCUUUGUAUCCUUCUCAAGCGAUUUGCCUACCCUUGUCGCUACUCUGACACGAUCCCGAUUUUACUUGGGCUUCGAAGCCAUUCCCGGCUAGAUCCAAUUGUAAUUUAUAACAGAGAUCAGCAACUGAAAAUUAGAUCAGUCAAUGUAUGAGUAUUUCACAGAAUAGAGGUUUUUACCGAGAUUGCUUAGUGUUAAAUUUCUUGCUAUUCUGCUGUGUUUUAACGAGAUUUGAGUCCUUUUAGCAUAUUUUGGUGUAGGUUGUACUGACACUACAGUGUUAUAUUUACACUGCUGUUUAUAAUUAUGACUCAGCAACCGACUUUUUAAAUAAAAAAUAAAAAAGAAGAUUCUUAUACAUCCAAAAUAACACGGGUACUGUUAAUUGAAAGGUCUGUAGAAACCAAAAAGACCACCAAUUUACUCACGUUUUUUCAGCGACGCGAAAAGCCUUCUAGCGGCGUCCGUCGCCAGCAACAGCGCAGCACAUCUGAAUUUUGGUCAUGCGCAAUGAAGCUCUCAGGUGUUAUUUUACUUCUGGUUCUCUUUCGCGACGUCUGCGUUCCUGUAUCUUAAAGUCCCUAUUAACUUAUCACUCAGAAAAGCCAGAAAAACAUAUUUCAUCGAGAAAUUAGAGGAGAGUAGACCAAACCCAAGUAACUUGGAAAACUCUCAAACAGGUUCUCCCAACGAAGAACGUGAACUGCGAUAUCGGCAGAUGGAUUGUUGACGACAAAGAACUGACUGGGCACAAAGACAUCGCGGAUGCUAUGAAUUCAUAUUUUACGUCUAUAGCAUCCUCUCUCUUGGCAAAUUACAAUUAGGUAGAAUCUGAAGCUGUUCCAGAUGAGGCACCACCAAAUGUCGAACCCUUCAGAUUUACCAUAAGUAACAUAAAUGAGGUCUCAAAAGCUAUCAAAGAUCUUAACGGAACAAUAGGUGCAGGACCUGACGGAAUCCCAAUGAAAGCCUUAAAAGUGGCUGCACUUAAUAUCGCUCGAAGUCUCACUCAUGUUCUUAAUAAAUCGCCCUUCACAGGAAAAUUUUCGUCUGCGUGGAAAACAGCAAAGGUAACGCCACUUUUUAAAGGAGGAACAACAACAAACUGAUAGUUACCGACCCAUUUCAGCGCUGCCCUGUAUUUCAAAUAUUUUGGAAUCUUUCGCGAACUCAGACUUGCAGAGCUGCUUUCAACUCUGGUCCUAUAGAACACCACCAGUUCGCUUACUUUAACUUCUCUUCAACAACUGUCGCCCUACUUAAGGUAGUAUACUCGUGGAAAAGAGCAAUUGAUAAUGGUCUCAAGUCUGUUAGUGUUUUUCUCGACCUGAGAAAGACAUUUGAAGUCAUCAAACAUGAGGUCUUGCUAACCAAGCUCGAAUCCUACGGCGUCACAGAGUCCGAACUUCGUUGGUUUAACAGUUACCUUUCUGAGAGAUUACAGUAUGUCCUCUACAAGGAGGUUAAUUCAGAUCCCAUGCGUUUUUCUUUUGACGUCCCGCAGGGAUCAGUUUUUGGACCACGUUAUUUGAUAUUCACAUAAACAACAUAUCGAAGGCAUGUCACACGUCCACUCUCGUUAUACGCAGACGAUACUGAGAUAUAUUUCAGCUCGAAGAAUAUUGAUUUAGCUCGAAGAAUAUUGAUUUAGCUGUGUACAAUGUCAACAAGGAUCUCAAGAGCGUCAGACACAGGUUUUGUCGGAAUGGCCUCAUUUGUAAUACAAAAAAGUCGGAAGCCAUGAUUAUUGCGUCCCACAAAGCAUACACUUUUCUACGGAGACUCAAUAUUAAAACAGCAGAGACAUUUUAAGUAACUUGGCGUGAUGGUAGACAAAUCAUUAUCAUGGAACAAUCACAUGUCACAUUUUGCCUCGAGAGUUUAUCACUAGUAUACAAAAUUGUAAAUGAUUAUCAUUGUCCCAGGCAACUUUAAGGGUAUUUUGCACUGAGAUCAAAACAUCGUUGUAUAGCCCUCAGAGAUAGUAAGGAACUCCAUCUUCCAAGACACAAAACAGCCAUGGGCUAGUCAACAUUCGAGUAUGCCGCUGUAAAGGAAUGGAAUGGCCUCCCCAAUGAACUGCGUGCUUGUGACACGCUGACAAUUUUUAAAAUUAAAACGUUUUUAAACCUUCAUUAGAAUCAGAUAUGGCACAACACAAAUUUACUGUAUAAGUUUUUUUUUUAUCAAUGUAAGUAUUGCAGUAAAUGGUUUGAACCCGGGGGUAACAUGUGGAAGUGUAGUGGGAUCGAGCGUGAAGCGUGGUGUGCCCCAAGGCAGCGUCCUGGGACCCAUGUUUUUCAACAUGUUCCUCAAUGACCUCAUCUUUCACAUAAAGUCUGUAAAACUAAACACAUAUGCUGAUGACUGCCAACUGCACACAUCUGACGUAGACCCAGUAGCCUUGGAACAGCGGAUCAAUCAUGAUGUACAAAUAGCUAACAAAUGGUUCGAAGACAAUGGGAUGAAAGCCAACCCCCGCUAAACACCAAGGGAUGGUUCUUGGCAAAACCGAUUACCCUUUCUCCUUCUCAACCACAAGAUGCCUAACACUUUUUGGAAUAAUUCUUGAUAAUGAACUUAACUUCAAGGAACACAUAUCCUCUGUAUGUAAAAAAAUAAAUAAUCAGUUCAGUGUCCUCAAAAGAUUUGGCAAACUUAUUUCUACCGAAAUUAUGCUUCGCCUUUAUAAAACGUUUAUGUUACCCCAUUUUCACUACUGUUCAAUGAUAUGGCACUUUUGUAACUCAGAGGACUCUGUUAAACUGGACACCUUAAAUAGACGUAUUUUAAGAUUUGUUUUAAAGGACUGGGACUCGAACUACGAUGAUCUUUUAGACAAGGCAGGUGUGUGUGGUUUAGCCAACAGGAGGAUACAAAAUAUGAUGAUUUGUAUAUUCAACUGUCUCCAUCUUGGUAAAUAUCCGUGCUAUCUGAAACAACUAAUCAAGCUAAGAUCUACUGCUUACUCCCUAAGGGGCACGAAUAUUUUAUCACUUCCUAAGCCGUUUACAACCACAUAUGGUCUAAAUUCUUUUAGCUAUUCAUCUGUUAAGUAUUGGAACUCCCUCCCUGACCACUUUAGAAAAACUGUAGACUAUAGCGAAUUUAAGAGCAAACUGUCAGCGCACAAUUUCUGUUAAUAUUACAUUUAUAUCACAUAUUAUUAUAUUAACGAUUAUUAUAUUAUUAUAUUAUGAAUUAUUUUUAUCUUUUAACCUGUUCUUGCU